AUGUUCCGUGCGGUCCGGCAGGUGCUGCUGCUGGCAGUGGCGCUGGCCGGGCUCAUCCUGCUGCCGGCGCACCUCAGCGGCGGCCUGCUGGCGGGCCAGCGUGCCUUGCGCGCAGCCGCCAGCUUCAGCAUCUACCUGCUCUUCUUUGCUAGCGGCACCCUGCGCCGCAUGUUCCGACACGGCCGGCUGGCGUCCCGCCAGCAGGACGCGCAGCGCGGCAGCGGCGGAAGCAGGGCAGCCCUGCUGCUGUUUGCCGCGGUGGCGGUCCCGGCGGGCCACUACGGCGCCUGGUGGUACAGCAGCCUGGCAGCAUCCAGCCCCGGCGCCUUGAGCGGCACGGCGCAGCUGCUCCUGCCGGCCCUUGGGUACGCACUGAUGGAUUUCAACCGGCUGGUGGCGCCCGACAGGCUGGUCACGUGCGGCUGCUAUGCGCACAUCCAGCACCCGCUCUACACCAGCUACAUGAUGCUGUUUGUGGGGCACUGCCUGAGCCUGGGCAGCCCCAUGGCAGCCGGCUUCCUUUGGGCGGCAUGCCUGGCCUACUACCGUUCCAGGACCCGCAUCGAGGAGCGGCUGCUGGAGCAAAGCUUUGGAGAGCAGUAUCGGCAGUACAGGAGCAGCACGGGGCGCUUUGUGCCGCAGCUGGCGGGAUGGAGGCGUGGCAGCCCCAGCCAGGCCAAGCUUGAGUAG